AUGGCAAUUCUGGGGACCAAAGCAACUUGCUUAUCAGAGCAAGUACUAGUCAAGUGCAAUGAAGUGCCAUCUCACAGUACCAGCAGUUUGUCACACAUGCCCAGGUCCCUAGCUAGCUUGUGUGGGCCUCCCUCAACACUGCUAUCUUCAUCAUCCCAUCUUGAGCUUCAGCCAGAGAAGGAUUCUGUAGAAUCAGAGAGCCAGGAACAUUCUCUCCAGCAUGAACUAGUGACAACUAAGGAGAUAUGCCAGCAACUACUCAAGUCCAUAAAUUCACUCAGCAAUGUUUCUGGUGGGAUGAACAUCAAUGAUCCAUUCUUAAUACUACUGCAUCAAGUUCACCAGGACAACACAGUGCCUCACUAUAGUGCCAAUGAACUCCCAAAUGUCAAGUACUUCUGGAAAAAAUUUGGGUAUGCCCCUCCAACAUGGGCCAAGGUAUCCUCACCAGCACUUGAGUUCUUUGCAUGUUCUAUGUGGACUAAGUUCAGUGCCUUCCAUUACUGCAUGGAUAAUUGGAAGGUGGACAUGUUCAUGUCCAUGUACUAUCCUGGCAUUGCUCUGGAUAUCAAGGAAGAGAGCAGUACUCCAAUGUUGCCAAAUGAAAUGAUUCCACAAAAGCGACCACAAUCAAUUUCUUUACCUCUGACUCCACAGUUCACAAAGAAGAAAAAGGAAGUACAACUGGAAACCCCACUCUCAGGCUCCAGCAGCAGUUCUUUGCACAUUUAUCUUACUGUGGCAGACCAGAACAGUCCUGCCAACAUUGUCCAAGAUGACAACCUCAUUGAUGAUGCAUACAAACACAUCAAGAUUGUGCCCAUGAUCCCUCCCCCUCAAAUAAAUCCCACUUUAGCAUUUGAACAAGAGCCAGAACUAGUGACUCAACCAGUAGGCUCACAAGUGUCAGUCCUCUGCCAACUUCUUGGAGGACUUAACUCAGCAAGCUUGACAGAAAUCAAUGUGAUUUCCCCUGACCCAAUGCUGGCACCUGCCACUCCAGUCUCACACCCUAACCCAAUGCCAGCACCCACCACUCCAGUCUCACACUUGAGGCCUUCAUCAGUUUCGAUGGCCAUGGCAAAACUCAACAAUGCAUGCAAGUCAGACUUCCACAACACCCCAGUAAGAACUUAUGUGCAAUUGAUUGGUGCAAGGAACACAAGGGCAGGAUUGUUGGCAAGUUUGCAGAUUGCUGGGAUACACUGGUGUGGAACAAUCAUCCAUCAGUGGAGGUAA